GGAAAGCCUCGACUUUCCCGCCAUACUUGCACGAGGCGGGUUUCCUUCAGCACCAUGAUGGACCACGUCGACAUCAGCGAAGAAGCACUGGCAAAUGCGAUGAAAAGCAUUAUGCCGAAGAUGGACGCUCGCACCGUGACCCUAAGUAAGCUCCUCGAGCACAUUCAACGAGCACUGGGAGCAGAGAAGGAAGACUUGAAACCGUGGAAGCCUCUCAUCAAAGUGCUCGUUGGUGAGCACUUGCACCUUUGCGUCAAUGCGGUGGAGGCAACGCCGACCAAAUCCUCCCCAGUAAAAAGGACAUCGUCUUCCAUGCAGGCACCCACGACAAUUUCGGUUCCACAGGGUACUGACGACUGCAAUGAAUCGGACGGCGACAUCAAACGCAAGAUAUCACCCAAACCUAAAGCAAAGUCGAAGCGCAUUUUCGUGGACGACAGUGACGAAGACGGCGACUUUGUUGGUGAAAAUGUACACCCUAACGUCAAAAAAGACCGGACAAGUGCUUCGACCGCGUGCACACGCAAUGUGAUCACCAAAACUGAUGUGCCUGACGAGGUGGAAGGCAACGCUGAGAGCGAAGAACGCGACUACCAUGGUCGGGAGGAGAACGAUAGUGCUUCAGUGUCUCGACCAGUGUUCAAGAAGAAGGCUCGCAACCCAGUCGAGGAGUCCUCCGAUGACGACGCCCAAUGUCACCUUACCGCAAAGAAGGCGUCUAAACCUUCGUCGAAACAAAUCUACAAGCAAUCUCCAUCUCCAUACGCCUCUUCUACCAAGCGCUCGCACUACGAAGAUGAAAACGAAAGCAAUGACGAAGACGAACAAGCUAUCAAUCGUCCCAUAAAGCCGUCGAAGGCAAAGUCGAAGAAAUCUGCUCGCAGUGUGCCGUCCGAUGACGAAAGUGAUCGUGAAAAUGAUUCCGACAGCAGCCCUGCGACUUCUCCCGUAAAGAAGAAGCGAGGCAAGCGAGCUCACGACGGUUCGUCAAAAAUCAUAGCGUCGUCUAAGAAGUCGCGGACAGCCGCCAAAUCCACUGCACUAACGUCAUCUGGUCUUGAGGCCCUUAAGAAAUUGGCCAAGAUUGCCGGAGUAUUAGCGCCAGGGCUAUACAAGAAACUUCGCGAGGCUCAGUCGGUAGACGACGCCGAAGAGAUUUUGAGAAAUCGGCUGGUCGACGCCAACGUCACUUGGAGUGGAAGGUAUCCCACCAAAGCCGAGAUGGUAGCGGUGAAGAAGAAGCGAGACCUCGAACGCGAGCUCGACGGCAUUGAUCCAAGCAUGAUCUUGGAGUCGGCCCGAGGCACUCGUCGGUCGAGGACGACCAUGGACUUCGAGCAAGUUGCGCCUGUCGUGAUCGAGAGCGACGCCGAGUCCGAAGCGUCUUUUAACGCGGCAAAUUUUAAUCAAGGCAAGAGCGACGAUGAAGUGUAACGAGGCGGUAUGGCAAUUCGAUUGUCUAGAUCUGCUGUAUUAACAACACAAGCGGCGAUGCCUAAAGCUCCAAGAGUUUAUCGCAGUAGUACGGCGAUCGGUGGCGCGAUCGGUGGUCUCGUGCCUUUUUCCCGAGCAACUCUGGGUCUACCGCAAAUGUUUCCUUGAGUACCUCGAACACUGCCGCCUGCAUGCAGCACAACAUCAACAUCUCGUCAGCAGAAGACAGGCUGACCUGCACGUCAGAGUCAGG